AUGACGCUCGACGACGUCAUCCGAGACGGCCUCCACGACCUCCUCGGGAUGUCCGCGCGCGCGCUCGAGUCCUUCGUCGCGGACGCGGCGUCGAGGGUUGAUUUCAAUCCACACGCGUUGACCACCGAGCUCGUCCACGCCGGGCUCUCGAGCGACGACGGCGCGCGCGCGUUCGCCGAGCGCGUGUGCGCGUGCGGUCGCGACGGGCGAGACGCGCGCGAGCGGGCGCCGAGGGCGGUGGUGGCGGCGGCGGCUGGAUCAUCAUUCGCGGCGGCGGACGCGUACGCGCUCGUGGAGGCGACGCCGUCGAGCUCGGAGAACGACGACGCGACGGUGUCUCGAGGGCGACGGCGCGCGGAGAAACGUGGGAAGAAGCUGCGGCGACGGGCGGUGGAUGACGGGGGGUCGAGCGAGGAGGACGCGGUGGCGGCGGCGACGCGGCGGGUCGCGCUCGGGCGGGCGCGGGGGACGCGGGACGACGACGCGGAGACGACGCCGGAGAGCGAGAGCGAGGAGACGACGCGGCGACGGGAGAUGGAGGAGGAUGCGCGGGAGCGGGAUGCGUUUGAGGAACGGUUGCGGGCGAGGGAUGCGGCGAAGACGAAAAAGGUGAAUGAGCGAGAGCCGAGCGAGGCGGAGCGCGCCGAGGCGGAACGACGAGGGGCGCGUCUCGAGAGCGAUGCGCAGCGCAUGGAUCUCGUUCCGGAGCUUCGUAAGGUGUCGAGACAGGAGUACUUGAAGAAGCGCGAACUCCAAAAACUCGAAGAACUCAAGGAAUCGAUUCGUGAGACGGAGUACUUUUACGAAGGCCAAGACGUGACUGAGGAACAACGGGCGGAUCUCGAGAAGAGGAAAAAGGUGUACGAGCUCGCGAUGGAACAGAUCAAUAGCAUUAACGAGGCGCUGGAGGAGCGGUAUCAAAUUCCCACGGCGUAUGACGAUCCGAACAAGCCUAAAUCGAUGAACGAGCGGUUCGCCGUCGCGAGACAGCGGUACAAGGAGCCGGAUCCGGAGGACGACGCCAACCCGUUCAAGGAUCAGGAUCGAUGGGAGGCGCAUCAGGUGAAGCAAGCGCAGACGCAGUUCGGGGCGAAAAAUAAAAAGACAGAGGAGAAGCAGUACGAUCUCCUGUACGACGAUCAGAUCAAGUUCAUUAAGGAUGAAAUCAUGGCGGGAGACGGCGUAUCCGAUGAGAGCGACGGCGACGACGUCUCCGAUCGGAGCGACGAGAGCGAGAUGGAUGAGGAGAAGCGCACGAAGCUGGCGUUGGCAGGGAAGCUUGGAAAGCGGGCGAAGAUCGAAGCAGAUCGUAAAUCGCUGCCGAUUUUCCCAUAUCGCGAUGGUCUCAUCAAGGCUGUCGAGGAUCAUCAAGUCGUCGUCAUCGUCGGCGAAACCGGUUCGGGCAAAACGACGCAGAUUCCUCAAUACAUGUGGGAGGCUGGCUUCGGUGGGAAGACGCAAAAGAUUGGAUGCACACAGCCGAGACGCGUCGCCGCGAUGUCUGUCGCGGCGCGCGUCGCCGAAGAGGCUGGGGUCAAGCUUGGACACGAAGUGGGUUACUCGAUUCGUUUCGAGGAUUGCACAAACGACAAGACUCGACUCAAGUACAUGACGGACGGUAUGCUUUUGCGCGAAUUUCUAGGCGAGCCCGAUCUCUCUUCGUAUGCGGUGAUGAUGGUGGACGAAGCGCACGAGCGCACCCUGCACACGGACGUGCUCUUCGGUCUCGUCAAGGACAUUGCUCGCUUCCGUCCAGAGAUCAAACUUUUGAUAUCCUCCGCCACGCUCGACGCAGAAAAGUUCAGCGAGUAUUUUGAUUUUGCGCCAAUCUUUAGGAUUCCAGGUCGUAGGUUCCCGGUCGACAUCUUGUACACUCAACAGCCCGAGGCUGAUUACGUCGACGCGUCCGUGGUGACCAUCUUACAAAUUCACCUGACGCAACCAGAGGGCGACAUCUUGGUAUUUUGCACCGGUCAGGAGGAGAUUGAAAACAUCGAAGAGCUUCUGAAGACGAGAAUCCAUGAGAUGGAGAAGAAACCGCCAGAACUCAUCAUCGCCCCGAUAUAUUCUUCACUUCCGAGCGAUUUACAGGCGAAGAUUUUUGAGGAUCCACCCAAAGGCGCGCGCAAGGUUGUCUUGGCGACGAACAUCGCCGAGACGUCGCUCACGAUUGAUGGCAUCAAGUACGUCAUCGAUCCUGGGUUUUGCAAGCAGAAGAGCUAUAAUCCGCGCACCGGUAUGGAAUCUCUCGUCGUCACACCGACGUCGCAGGCGAGCGCGUUGCAGCGCGCCGGUCGCGCCGGUCGUACCUCGGCGGGUAAAUGUUUCCGUCUGUACACGGCGUGGAGCUUCCAAAACGAGCUCGACCCGAACACGGUGCCGGAGAUUCAACGGACAAACCUUGGGAACGUCGUACUCAUGCUCAAAUCGCUCGGGAUCAAUGACCUGAUGAACUUUGAUUUCAUGGACCCCCCGCCCGCGGAGACGCUCCUGCGAGCGCUCGAACAGUUGUACGCUCUCGGCGCGCUGAAUGACCGCGGUGAGCUCACAAAGCUCGGACGUAAGAUGGCCGAGUUCCCCCUCGACCCAAUGCUCUCCAAGACGCUCUGCGCGAGCGACAAGUACAAGGUGAGCGAUGAAGUCAUGACGAUAUGCUGUAUGCUGUCUUGCGGCAACGCCGUGUUCUAUCGCCCGAAAGACAAACUACAGCUCGCCGAUCACGCGCACAAAGCGUUUCACAUCGGCAAUCCCGGUGAUCACAUCGCACUCUUAAACGUGUACAACUCUUGGCGCGACGCCGAUUUUUCCGUGACUUGGUGUUACGAAAAUUUCGUGCAGCAGCGAACGAUGAAGACGGCGCGGGACAUCCGAGAGCAACUCGAAAAGCUUCUCGAGCGCGUCGAAAUCGAGCCCUCGUCCAAUCCAAACGACAUCGACGGCAUCAAGAAGUGCAUCACGAGUGGCUUCUUCUAUCACACGGCCAAGCUGCAAAAGAACGGGAGCUAUCGCACGGUGAAAAAUCCGCAAACGGUGGCGAUCCACCCCUCGAGCGGACUCGCGAAAGAGCUUCCUCGAUGGGUCGUGUACUUUGAGCUCGUGUAUACGUCCAAGGAGUACAUGAGACAGGUGAUCGAGAUCAAACCCGAGUGGCUCGUCGAAAUCGCGCCGCACUACUACAAGAGGAAGGAGAUCGAGGGCGAGACGAUCAAGAUGGGUAAGGCGGGCACGGGCAAGAAGUCAGACGUCGUCUUGGCGUGA